ACUCAACUAUUAUUACACUGUACUAUGCAGUACCAGUUUGGCAUAUUUCUAGUUUAUUUAUUAUGUUUGAUUGCAGAAUUAAAUAACCAAAUUAUUUAUCCGAAGAGGUCUUUGCUGAAACCCAUCCGAGCAAUCAAAAGAGCUUUAUUGCUUCAAAAGAGUUUUGCUGUUUGCUUUUUCAGAUCUCAACUUCUUUCUAUUUCUGUUUUAUUAAUUUGUCUUUCAGAACUUUUGUUAUUUUUCCAUUCAUACAGAAAAAAGAAAAGAAAAAAAAAAUCAAAAACUUGAAAAAACUGAAGGAAGAGAUUGACUUCGGUUUCGUUCUGUUCAUUUCAAAGGUUAAGAGAUCAUUUAGUUUAUGCUUUUUGAAGUCUUGUAGAACGCACCAUCAACAGUACUCUCCUUGUUGAUUCAUAAUCCAGAUUGACUCAAAUCACAAAGAAGAGAAGAAAAGAGAAUCAAUGGAAAUUCUAACUGCCGUUGCUGGAAAAGUGGCAGAUUAUACUGUUGUGCCUAUUGGACGUCAAGCAAGUUACUUGAUAUUCUACAAAGGUAAUUUUAAGAUGUUAGCCGAUCGUGUCAACGACCUACAUGCUGUAAGAGAAAGGAUUAUUCAUUCGGUUGAAGAAGAAAGAGGAAAUGGUAAAGAAAUCGAAAGAGAUGUGCAGAACUGGUUGGAGAAAGUGGACGCGGUCAUUGAAAGGGCAAAUCAGCUUCAAAAAGAUCCCCGUCGUGCCAAUGUAAGGUGCUCAACAUGGGGGUUCCCCAAUUUGAUUUUGCGUCAUCAACUAAGUAGGAACGCCACAAAAAUUGCAAACGAUGUUAUUCAAGUUCAAGGAAAAGGGAUGUUUGAUCGAGUUGGUUACCUUCCGACCCUAGAUGGAGUAGCCUCCUCUUCCUCAACAAGAGGUAGUGAAAAUUAUGAGACAAGAGAGUCACUUAAGAAUGAUAUUGUGAAGGCUCUAACAGACCUUAAUUCAUGCAACAUUGGGGUCUAUGGUUUGGGUGGGGUGGGUAAGACCACUCUGGUCGAAGAAGUGGCUAUAAUUGCAAAGCAACAUAAAUUGUUCGAUAAAGUGGUUAUAACACAUGUAUCCAAAAAUCCAGUCUUAAAAGUUAUUCAAGGGGAGAUUGCAGAUUCGUUGCGUUUACGAUUUGAUGAGGAGACAAUUUUUGGAAGAGCAGAGCGCCUAAGAGAAAGAAUCAAGAUGGAGAAACGUAUUCUUGUCAUUCUAGAUAAUAUAUGGACCAAGGUUGAUUUGAAGAACGUAGGAAUCCCAAUUGGUAAUGAACAUAAUGGUUGCAAAUUAUUGAUGACAUGUAGAAAUCAAAAUGUCUUGGUGCAAAUGGGUGUUCCAAAGGAUUACACUUUCAAACUUGAUCUUAUGGAGGAGAACGAGGCAUUGAGAUUGUUUCAGUUUAUGGCUGGGGAUGUGGUUAAUGAUAGCAAUUUGAAAGAAGUAGCAAUUAAAGUUGCCAAAAAUUGUGAAGGUUUACCUCUUAGGGUUGUGACAGUAGCACGUGCAAUGACAGAUAAGAGGGAUGUCCAAUCUUGGAAAGAUGCAUUAAGGAAACUACAAAGUAAUGAUCAUGAAGAGAUGGAAGCGUCAACUUAUUCUGCUUUGGAAUUGAGUUACAACUCAUUGGAGAGUAAUGAAAUGAGGGACAUCUUCUUGCUUUUUGCAUUAAUGCAAGGUAAUGAUGUAGAGUACUUUCUGAAAGUUGCAAUGGGUUUGGAAAUAUUAAAGCAUGUUAAUACCGUGGAUGAGGCAAGAAACAAAUUUUACACAAUAAUCAGAUCUCUGGUGGCGACUUGUCUUUUGCUUGAUGUCAAAGCAGGUGGAGUGAUUCAAAUGCAUGACUUUGUUCAUGAUUUUGCUAUAUCCAUAGCUCGUAGGGACAAACAUGUAUUUCUAAGCAAAAAUCCACAUGAGGAAUGGCCAACUGAGGAUUUUUUAAUAAGGUGCACACAAAUGGCUCUAUCAUUUUAUCAAAACGAUGAGCUUCCUCAAACGAUUUAUUGUCCAAACAUUAAGUUUUUCUCUUUGUUUAGUGUGAACCGUUCUUUAGAAAUCCCCAAUACUUUUUUUGAGGAUAUGAGAAGCCUUACUGCGCUAGAUUUAACCUUCUUGAACUUGCCUUCCUUAACCACUUCAUUUAAGCUCCUAACAAACCUUCAAACACUGUGUUUGGAUUUUUGCAUUUUGGAAAAUAUGGAGGCAAUAGAAGCUUUGCAAAAUUUAAAAAUUCUCCGCCUCUGGCAAUGUUCAAUGAUCAAGUUGCCAAGAGAAAUAGGGAAAUUGACUCAGUUGAGAAUGCUUGAUUUGAGCAAUUCAGGAAUAGAAGUAGUCCCACCCAAUAUCUUAUCAAGCUUGAUUAGAUUAGAGGAGUUGUACAUGGGCAAUACCUCUAUUAAUUGGGAAGAUGUGACUUCGACAACUCAAAAUGAAAAUGCUAGCAUUGCUGAGCUUGGAAAACUACCAAACUUGAUUGCUCUAGAAUUACAAAUUCGCGAGACUUGGAUGUUGCCAAGGGACUUGCAAUUGAUGUUUGAGAAGCUGGAAAGAUAUAAAAUAGUUGUUGGAGAUGUAUGGGAAUGGUCUGACAUUAAGGAUGGAUCCUUAAAAACAUUGAAGCUCAAACUUGGGACCAAUAUACAUCUGGAGCACGGAAUUAAAGCAUUGAUUAAAGGUGUUGAGAAUUUGUACUUGGAUGAUGUUGAUGGAAUUCAAAAUGUGCUUUAUCAACUAAAUGGGGAUGGAUUUCCAUUAUUGAAACAUCUCCAUAUCCAAAAUAAUGCAAACAUGAAGCACAUUGUUGACUCUAAAGAGAGAACUCAAAUCCAUGUGUCAUUUCCCAUCUUGGAAACAUUGGUACUUCACAAUCUUAAAAACUUGGAGUGUAUAUGUCAUGGUCCAGUUUCAAUAACUUCUUUUAGAAGUCUCAGUGUUAUCAAAGUCAAAAAUUGCAUCCAGUUAAAAUAUAUUUUGUCCUUCGAUAUGAUUAAAGGACUUUCUUGCCUUUCUGAGAUUGAUCUUUAUAAGUGCAAUUCUGUGAAGGAGAUAGUGCUCGGAGACAACAAAUUAAGUGCAAAUAAUGAUAUAACUAAUGAAAAGAUUGAGUUUCUUCAAUUACGUUCUUUGACUUUAGAAUAUUUGGAGACACUUGAUAAUUUCUUGUCUUAUCAUUCAAUGGAUUCCAGAAGUUCGCAAAAAUAUCAAGGUUCAGAGUCUUAUGUUUCUUCACCAUUUUUCAAUCGUCAGGUUGUAUUUCCUAAUUUGCAUACCCUUAAAUUGAGCUCACUCCCCCAUUUGAAUAAAAUUUGGGAUGACAGUCAUCAUUCUAUGUACAAUUUGACCAACUUGAUUGUGGAUCAUUGUGAUGGGUUGAAGUACUUAUUCUCUUCUGCUGUUGUUGCAAGUUUUAAGAACCUCAAACAACUUCAAAUAAAUAAUUGUGAUAUGAUGGAGGAGAUAAUAACUAAAGAGAGGGACAAUGCAUUGGAAGAGGUUCUUUUUUUGAAAUUAGAGGAAAUCAAAUUGUUUAACUUGAACUUGAAGACAAUAUGGCACCGACAAUUUGAAACAGUGAAGAGGUUGGAAGUUGAAUUUUGUGAAAAUAUUGUGGCAGUUUUUCCUUCUUCAAUGCAAAAAACAUAUAAUAAGUUAGAGAUGUUAAAGGUUCACUAUUGUGUUUCAGUGGAAGAAAUAUUUGAAUUGACUUUCAAUGAAAGUGGCAGUGUUGAAGAAACAACACAGUUGAAAGAAGUUGCUAUAAUUUUAAUGCCGAAGCUGAAAAAGAUAUGGAGUAGAGAUCCUCAAGGAAUUCUUAGUUUUCAAAAUCUCAUAAAUAUAAAUCUAGAAAUGUGUGAAAGUGUGGAGCAUCUAUUACCACUUUCUGUAGCCACUCGUUGCUCACAUCUCAAGGAACUUGAAAUAACCAAAUGUAGAAACAUGAAGGAAAUUGUUGCAGAGGAGAAAGAAUCUAGUGUGAAUGUAGCUCCCAUAUUUGAGUUUAAUCAACUGAAUACUUUAAUCCUAAGGGACUUGGAUAACCUUGAGGGUUUCUAUGCUAAAAAGCACACCCUAGCAUGUCCAUCAUUGAAGAGCAUUGGUGUUUUCAACUGUGCAAAGUUGAAUUUGUAUAGAACUCUAUAUACAAAAAGCUCCAAUUUUUCAGAUGACCAACUUUCUGUUCAAGCGCAUCAACCACUUUUCAUUGCGGAAGAGGUGAUUCCAAAUUUGGAGAUGUUGAGAAUAGAUAAUAAGGAAGCCAACAUUAUAUUGCAAGCACAAAACUCGAGUGGCCUAUUCACAAAAAUGACAGAACUUGCUUUGUGUGGUUAUAAUAAUGAAGAUGCAUUUCCUUAUUGGUUUCUUCAAAAUGCGCGCAGUCUUGAGUCACUAGUUGUUCAAGGGAGUUGCUUUAAGAAGAUAUUCCAAGAUGAAGGAUGGAUAAGUGAAAAGACUCACACACGACUCAAAAAACUGUAUCUGAUUGGAUUACCUAAUCUUCAACAUAUAUGUGAGGAAGAAUCCCAAAUUGACCCAGUUCUUGAGGUCCUUAAAGUCUUAUGCAUUACCAACUGUUCUAGUUUGAUAAGUUUAUUUCCUUCCUCUGCCACACUUAGUCAUCUUGAAUAUUUGGAGAUAACUGGUUGCAAAGGGUUAAAAAAUUUAAUUACAUCUCGAACAAUGCGAAGUUUGGACAAGCUCAUAACACUGAAGGUAGAAGAUUGUUCUUCACUUGAAGAAGUAAUUACUGGAGAGGAAGACAUUCACAUUACAUUAAUUAGUCUGCGAAAGUUGGAGUUGAAAUGUUUGUCUAGCCUCAACCAAUUUUGCUCUAAAAAGUGCUCCUUAAAGUUUCCAUUGUUGGAGAUAGUAAUUGUGAGAGAUUGUGAUAACAUGAAGGUUUUUUCUGAGGGAUACAUAAGUACACCAAAUCUUCAACAAGUUAAAAUUAGAGAAAAUGAUGAAGGAUGGUUUUGGAAGGGAAACAUAAAUGAUACAAUAACCAGCAUGUUUGGAAAUAAGGGAAGGAAUUUCCAACGUUCUGAUACUUCUGAUACAAAUGAGACCACCAUAGGACAUUUCCAAGGUAUCAAUGAAGAUGAUAAAGAGGACGGAGAUAUAAGUACUUUUGAAUUUCAAGAGGACGACAACAUAACAUAAGUACUUGCGAAUUUCAAGAGGAAGACACAAGUGGUGAGGAUAACGUGGGUGAUGAACUUCAGUAGGACGACACCGUGAUGAGGAGGAGGAGGAUUUCCACAAACUUAAAUGAGUUGGAUGAUGUUGUUGUAGGCUUGUACUUAAAGCGUUAAACUUGAAGAAACUAUUUUGUCAUUUUGUUGUACUCAUGCUUUUAAAUAUUAAACUUAUAUAGUAUUAAGUAAUUAAACAUUUUGGGUCAACGGGCCCUUUAUUACCACAACUUUUGUGGUACAUGUAAUUUAUGUUUGGUUCAAUUCUUAAUAUAUGAAAAUAUGGUAAAAAAUGUUUUAUAAAUACA